AUGGAGAUGAUUCUGACUGAUCAAAAGGGUGAUGUUAUCCCUGCUAUGAUUAAGAAGGAAGACAUUGAUGUCAUUGGUGUGGUGGAUAAUGUGGAGGAGAAACCAAGUUCCAAAAAUGUUGUCUUUGACCUAAAGGACUUGAGUGGUGCGUCAAUCUGUUGCACUCUUUGGGAUUCAUAUUGUAUGCGAUUGGUUAGUUAUUGGAGGGAAAGUCGUGAAACACCUUAUCCUGCUAUUAUUCUUACUCAGGCAAAGAUAAAGGCUGCCUCAGGUUCAUGGCCAGUGUCAUUGUCUAAUUGUUGGAAUGGAUCGAAGUUGAUUAUGGGAGAUGAUAUACCUGAACUGACUGAAUUUAGGAAGGAGUUUUCAAAAACUACUGCUCAUGAAAUUUUUGAGGAGGGAAGCCAAUAUAGUGGGUCUUCCCAGAUUAGUCAUGUUGAUAGGUUUAUGUAUAAAACUGUUGUUAAGAGUGUUUCAGAGAUCCUGACUGUCAUAGAGUAUACAAAAAUGAGGUACAAGCUUGAAAUUCAAGUGACCGAUGGAAAAAAGGUUGCUAACUUCAUGCUUUGGGACCAAGACUGCAUCAAUUUAAUUGGUCUUUCUGCUGGUGAUUUGCGAAAGAAAAUGACCAAGGAUGGUGAGGAGGAUCCUAAGUGUUUUCCGGAGGAUCUAGAUGUUCUUUUGGGUUGUACUUUGGCUUUCAAGGUCAAGCCACAAGGAAAUAACCGACCUGCUUCAGUAAUGAGAGUUUCAACUGAUCGUGAAAUUAUAGGUCACAUUAGUAGUAUUCUUGGACAAACUCAGGUAAUGGAAAUUGUUGAAGCUAAGGAAAAUUGUUCUGAUGAAUUAGAGGUUCAUAAGGACAAGUCCAUAGCAAUGGAACUUCCUGAAUGUGGUGAUAAUGCAGCAUGCGACUUAUUUGCUGAUACUGAUAGUUCAUUAAUGUGCCUUUCUAGGACUGCUGAUCUUGAUCCGGAUGUUGUUUUAUGUGUCACGCCCAGAAAAGAUCUUUGUACUACCAGUAACAAUGAAGACAUAGAGUAUAUUCCAUCAAAUUUCAUGGAAUUUGAUCUUUUGGAGGACCUGCCAUUAGCCCAAUUGUCAGCUACAAAGACAAUGAAGACUAUCAAGAACGAGAAAUGA